CUUCAUUUCAGGCACUGAAAUGGUGAAAAAAUCAUGGCGAAUUAUACCAAGACCCAUCAUGGAAACCAUCCUCAACAACCACGCUCACCGCCACCGUGUCCACCAACCCCUCAUUCUCCAUGGUCCACGUGGCGUCGGCAAAACCACCCUCAUCCUUGAACGGCAUCUUGAAAACUGGAACAAAGGUCCUCAUGUAACAGGCUACAUUGACUUAGCACAAUCAAUUAAAAAGCACCACCCGGUCCACGGGCACUCGUAUCCGUGGACCGCGUGGUCAAAUUGCGAAAAACCCGCGUUACCGACCCUUAGAGCUGAGCUCGAAAAGUGUUUAGAGUCCAUGGUUGAAAAGGGUAUUGAGUUGGGUACUAUUAGUUCACACCAAGUGUAUAAAACUUUAGGAAAAUGGCAUAAUUUAGAUACUAGUUUAAAGAAAAUUAUUGCGAAUGUGCCGAGUGGCAACGAAGGAAAGAUUGUGAAGUCGAGGAGGGUUUUGUCGAAUUUGGGGUCGUGGGAUAAGGCGGUACGUAAGUUUAGUGAAAAGGAAGGGAGUGUGAGUAGUGAAGAGGGGUUGUAUUAUAAGGAAGGGAUUGGUGCGUUGAAAUUGGCGAAAGAAGUUAUUAGGGUUCAACAAGGGUUUAGGGCUAAUGCUGUUAAGCGUUUGAAUGAGACUGGUGGGUUUUCGAGAAGUUUGGCUAAUUCGGCUACUGAUUGGCCUUAUUUGUUGUUAGAGUUGUUGUCAGGUGCUGCUCAAGCUGAUUACUUUCAGCCAAAAUUGGUAAUAAACAAUAUCGAGGUUUUGAAACAUGCUGCUUUGGUGGAUGAUUCAUCAGUAAAUGGAUCGAUGUAUCACGACAGUCUUAUCUGGAGAAUAAUUGCUUUAGGUGCAAAUGAGAUGUGUUUGCCUGUUAUUCUUAUAACUUCUGACAGCUAUUAUUCCUAUGCAGCUUACAUGGAUUUUGGAUUUCCUGACAUAUUCAUUUCCCGUGAGACGUUUGGAUGGACCCCACAACAAGCUAAAGUACAUAUGGUUCCAGAUUACUUUAGUCAGUCAGAGUGGGAUCUGAUUGUUGAGGUGGUUGGUCCCAAUGCACGUCAUCUUAUUGAGAUAUAUGCACUUAAACAGAGCAAUUAUUACCAGGCGCUCAUGAGUGAUAAAGAAAGUACAUUCGAGGACAUCAUAGAUGCAUAUUUGGCAUAUCUGCAAGUAACCGUUGUCAAUCCUGCCAUGGAUAGAGUAUUGUCACUCUUGCAAAAGUUUGCUCUUGAUGCUCAAGGGGGUAAAGUUCCCAAAGAUAAGUUAAGAUUUGGCGCUCCUUGGAGGCAUCCGCCAAACAGAGAUGACCCACGCUUGCGUUCAGAAUGGGCUAAGCUUCAACUAAUGGAUUUUAUUCAAUGUUUAGUUGAUGCAGAGUUUGGGAUAAAUUAUUUUGCUGAUUGUAGUCUCGAGAUCUUUGAUGAUCCUUCUGCUAAUGCAAUGAUUGAGGUUGGCUUACUCUAUGUCCAACGUGAUCCAUCCUUCUUUCGUCCAAUAUCCCGGGCUAUUCAGAGAUGUCUUGUGAGAUGGCUUGUCCAAGAGAGAAUUCAAAUGGGCAUUAAAGGUUCACUCCUUUUCCAGUGGCACCGAGUUGUUAGGGGCCGCAGUUAUCGUCAUCUCAUGUUGCAAGUAGGCCAUAAAUAAAUUUAAAGUUUAUGCAGAUCAAUGCUGAUACUUUGGUGGUGGUAUCUUUUGAGGCCCUGACUUUGAAAUAUUCCAUGAGCAUAUGCUUGCUGAAGCUUCAACGUUGACCUUAAAGAAGAAUUCAAAUGUCUUUUGUACAUCCAAAUCUGCCUGCCUGAUUUUGGGACAUAGAUUGUAACAUAUUAAACUGUAAGUCCUUCGGAAAGGUGACUACACUUACAAUAGAUUCGGGAUUUAACACAUGACUCCUGGUAAUGAGUCGAGUUCUAACUAGCUACAUGGUGAAACCUCAUUAGUUGAAUGACCUUGCAAGUAGUUCACCUGAUUUUUUGGGGUUAUGCUGUACCUGCGGUUUUAAUCCAAACAAAUAAAGCUCACUUUCGACAAUGUAUCCGAACUCAAAAUGGACUAAUGGAGCACGCACGUGACCUUAUCAAUGUCUUAUGUUCUUUGUGUGUAUUUUGUUAAUUUAUGUUCUUUGUGUGUAUUUCUAUAAACCUACAACUCAGGAAAUACAAUAUUAGUUUAAGAUAAGAUAAAAGAUAACCUAAUAAAUGAUGAAUUUGUUUCUCAUUUUGAUUAAAA